AUGCGCAUUGAACAAGAUCGGCUCGGACAGAUCAAGAACUAUAUCUACAUUACCAGUGCAGCUCUGCUUUUUCUGACAUGGUGCCUGUCUCUGGCUGCUCUUACUCAAGGCGGAGGUGUUGACGGUCGUCUGGCAUGGACUUUUGGGCUGUGCUUCCUGACCAUUCCCAUGGUCAUUUACCAGUCCCUCACCCCUAUCUGGUCGCGUACCGCUCGCUUCUCGCAUCCUUACGCCCAUUGCGUUGUUGACGGUCUCUUAUGUAUCUUCUGGUUCAGUGCUUGGGCUAGUCUUGCCUCGUAUGUCAUUUCGGGUAAGGGAAGAGGUGGAGAUAGUACGAAGAGCGGCUGCGACAAUUUCGCUCACGGUAGCGCCAGCAAAUGCCGCAUCAGUGAGGCGGAUAUUGUGUUCAGCGUGCUCAUGAUGUGCUGUUUCAUAGUGACGAGCUAUUUCAAUUUCAAGUUGUUGAUGGAGUACAGGCGCACAGGACUUGCACCACGUACUGGCCAAAUUCAGAAGAACAAUAUAUCAUACCCUCAAAGUGUUGGCGAUGGAUACAAAGAGGAUGAGGAAGCAUUUGAUUCGAGGUUGGAUGUUGCUCAUGACGAAAGAGAUACAGGUUAUAGCUUUGAGGCUGCCAGGGUUCAUGGUGGUGGCAUUAGUAAUACAUCUUAUGGUCAGUACGAGACUGUGCCCGGUGGUGACGAUGGAUACAGGAGACCUUUGAGUUUUGGCGGACCACUAGGAAGCAAUAGGAUAUAA